CUCUUUUGAUCAAAAACCAUGGCUGAUUCCACUGCUACCAUCAGAACCCGCAAGUUCUUGACCAACCGCCUCUUGGCCAGAAAGCAAAUGGUCGUGGAUAUCAUCCACCCUGCCCGUGCCAACAUCUCCAAGGAUGAGCUCCGCGAGAAGCUCGCCAAGAUGUACAAGGUCGACAAGGAGGUUGUCUUCGUCUUUGGCUUCCGCACCCAGUUCGGUGGUGGAAAGUCCACUGGCUUUGCUUUGAUCUACGACAACUUGGAGUCUGCCAAGAAGUUCGAGCCCAAGUACCGCCUCGUUCGUCACGGUCUUAUGGAGAUCAAGAAGGCUUCCCGCAAGCAGCGCAAGGAGCGCAAGAACCGCAGCAAGAAGCUCCGUGGCACCAAGAAGGCCAAGGCUGCCGUUGCCAAGAAGUAAACGUCGUAUCGUUAGACCUCUU